CUGGCCCCUGAGAUUCCUGGAUCUGAAACCAGAAGUGACAUUCAGAAUCUCAGCUCCAGCUGCAGUUCAUGUUCCUAGACCACACCUCUGUCCAGACUCACAUGCAACUCAGAUCUGUGGACUGGGCGGCCACCAAAGCCACCAACUUCCCGCAAGCACACCCUCAAACCUGCCCUCCCUUCUUGAGAAAAAAGAGAUAUCGCUGCUGUAGCCUCAGCCCCUCUCACCUGCUCAAGUACUGGCUCCUGCAAUUUCCCUCCCCAAUGGAGUGUUCCCAUCAGUAGCCAACUGGCUCUAAUUCCUCUCAUCUUAAAAAACAGGACUUCCACUUCUGGGAAGAUGGAGCAGACAUACUCUGCCAUAUUGUUCCCACUAAGUGGAAUUAACAUACUGAAAAUUAUUCAUAAAGCAAACAUAGAAUGACUCUUAAAGGUGGAGAAAAUAGGACAGACUAGCUAGGACCCCAGGAUAUAAGGUGCGUUUCCGGGGUUUUCUUCUUGCCUCCUAUAUCCCACAUUUGGAGCUGAUGAAGCCUAAAACUUGGAAAUGCCCAAGGGGCACAGACGACAAAAAAAAAGCACCAGCAAAAGCCAGCUCUCCCUAACCAAGGCAGACUAGCAGGACAGGGAGCUCUCAGACAACCCACAGAAAAUGCUGGCUCCAUCUCCAUCCCUCCCUUCCAGCAAAGACCCAGAGGAGCACCUAGACUGCAAUGAGGCAUCCAAAUCCCUCACCCUCCAUGGGGUGCUGUCAGAGAAAGCCAAGUAGGAGAUGGAACGUUCCUCCUCAGCAGGGGUUAUCAUGGCCCCCCCAGCCCCAGCCCACCUCUGCGGUACUAGUGAAGACCACACGGGACACCUUGACGUCCAUUUACACAGGCAGUAGGGGCACCCCCUGCUGCUAGGGAGCUGUCAGAAGGGCCUUGUGGAGUCAGGACUUUUACCCCCAUCCAGCAGUCAUGAAGCCGCCCACCCACACACACUGUGCAGAAACCACGUGGAGAACAAGAACAAGGCACUUCUAACCCUCCCAGCCAGGAAAGUUCCCUUGAGGCAUGGUGGGAAGCCAGACCUGCCACCCCAGCCCAGCAGUAAGGAGAACACGCUACCAUAUGUCAACAGAGGCCAAGUGGGGAACGCAGACUUCUGCACUCACCAGCAACAAGACAGCAGCCCUCCUCCUUCCCUGACAGCCAACGCAGAAUGCUUAACUGAGAUCCAAGGUCCCAUGCCGAAAGGCCAAAAAUGGCCAGUUUUCAACAGAAACUCACUCGACAUACUAAGAACCAGGAAGAGCACAAAUUUCUUAGAUGCUGUGAUGGUUAAUGUUGUGUCAACUUAGCUGGGCCACGGGAUACUCAGAUACUUGGUCAAGUACACUUGAUGGUACCUUGCAGAUACUUCUACAAAGGUGCUCUGAGAUAAGAUUAUCACUUUAAUCCAGAGUGAAGACCACUGCUCUCUGUAAUGUAGGUGGACCUCAUUCAACCCACAUUCAAGACCAACCCUCCCCUGGGUAAGGGAAAAGUCUCCAGCAGGUGCCUCUGGAUUUCACCUCUGCCGGCCACCGCCAUCGGGAACUGCACCAUCAGCUCUCCAUGUGCGGACAGCACCCAAGCCCGCCAGGCAGAACCACAGAUGUGGACGUGCCAGCCUCUGUGAUCACAUGAGCCAGUUCCUCAUGAUAAAUCUCCCUCUACACACACACACACCACACACAUGCACCACACAUGACACACACAUGCAUACACCACACACACACACACGCACACCACACAUACCAGACACACAUACACCAUACACAAACACUGGACACACAAGCGCACACACCACACACACGCACAUCACACACACAAACACCAAACACACACACUACACACCUACACACACACCAUAUGUAUACCACACACACCACAAAGGACACGCAAGCACACACACCAGACACACACACGCACCACACACCACACACACCACACACAUGCAUACAUACACCACACACACACACCACACAUACCAGACACACAUACACCAUACACACACACUGGACACACAAGUGCACACACCACACAUAUGCACGCCACACACACCAACACCAAACACACACACACUACACACACACUAUACAUACACCACACACAUCAGACACACAUACACCACACACACAGGACACACAAGUGCACACACCAGACACACGCACCACACACCACACACAUGCAUACAUACACCACACACACACACACACCACACAUACCAGACACACAUACACCAUACACACACACUGGUCACACAAGCACACACACCACAAACACCAAACACACACACUACACGCACACCAUAUGUACACCACACACACCACACACAAAGGACAUGCAAGCACACACACCAGACACACACCUGCACCACACACCACACACACACACCCACACCACACACACAUCACACACGCCAGAUGUGCACACACCACACACAUCACAGAUACACCACACACACACACUGGACACACAGCCACCACACACAUGCACACACCAAACACACCACACACACACCACACACACUACACACAUACUUCACAUCCACACACACACCACACACAUGUAUACACCACACACACAACACACAUACACACACCAAACACCAGACACACACCACACACAUGCAUGCCACAGACCAGACACAAACACACCACAGACACACCACAGACACACCACAAACACACGCACACCACACACAUCACACACACCACACAUAAUAGACACAAAUACACCACAUACACACACUAGACACAAGUGCACACACCACACACACACCACACACACACACCACACACAUACCACAUACAGGCACACACCACAUACACCACACAUACUACACAUACCACAUACACCACACACACUACACACACCACAUACACCACACACACACCAGACACACACACACCAGACACACACACAUGCACACCACGCACACCAGACACAACACACAACACACACACACCAAAUACCUUUCUACAAAGGUGGUGUUUUUUUAUUCUGGGCAUGUCCUUAACCUUGCCAAAAUAAAAUUCUGAAUUGAUUGAGACUUGUCUCUGAUAACUUUUUGGAUUACAGAACCAAAGGGAAAAUUUAGAGCUAAAAAAAAAAAUCAAAAAUCUCAAUGAAAAUGCAUAACAAGAGAAUGGAGGGGAUGUGGAAGGAAUCCGUGAACAGUAAGAAAAUAAAGAACAAUAGAAUUAUCCAUUCUGAUAAGCAGAGAAAAGUGAACCUCAAAAACCCAUGGGACUAUAACAAAUGAUCUAAUAUUCGUGUCAUCAGAGCAUCAAAGACAGGUGAAAAAGGACAAAACUGACAGUAUUUAAAGAAAUACGGCCAGGCGUGGUGGCUCACACCUGUAAUCCCAGCACUUCGGGAGGCCGAGGCAGGCAGAUCACCUGAGGUCAGGAGUGCGAGACCGGCCUGGCCAACAUGGCGAAACCCUGUCUCUACUAAAAAUACAAACGUUAGCCAGGCAUGGUGGUGCAUGCCUGUAAUCCCAGCUACUCCGCAGCCUGAGGCAGGAAAAUCACUUGAGCCUGGGAGGCAGAGUUUGCAGUGAGCCAAGAUUGUGCCACUGCACUCCAGCCUGGGUAACAGAGCGAAACUCUGUCUCAAAAAAAAAAAAAAAAAAGAAUGCUGAAAACUUCUCAACUUUAGCAAGAGACACAAACAUACAGCUUUAAGAAGCUCAGCAAACCCCAGACAAACACAUUAUAGCCACACUUCUGAAAACUAAAGACAAAGAAAAAAUCUUGAAUGCAGCAGAAAAAAAUGAUACCUUACCUAUAUGGGGAAAACAAUUCAAAUGGUUUCUCAUCAGAAACCAUGGAGGCCAGAAGGAAGUGGCAUAAUAUUUUUCAGGUGCUGAAAGAAAAGAACUGUCAACCCAGACACCUAUACCCACCAAGAAUAUCUUUUGGGAAAUCAAGACUUUCUCAAAUGAAAAACUAGGGAAACCAGGAGAAUUUGUCACCAGCAGAACUCUCCUAAGAAAAAAUGAAUAAUGAAAGUUCUCUAAACAGAAAGGAAAUAAGUAAAAAUUGAAUCACUAUUAGGAAGGAAGGAAGAAAAAUGGAAAGUGUAAAAAUAUAGGUAACUGGAUUUCUUUCUCCUUUUGAGUUUUCUAAAUUAUGUUUGACAGAUGAAGCAAAAAUUAUAGUACUAUUGAGGCAGAAUAGGUUCUGGAGGCAGGGACCCCAAGGCCGAUUUGUGCUGACUUCCUAGAACUGAAUCAAAAGGAAAACACCACUCCACACCCAAGUGAAAAAAGAACAGCGGCUACUCAAUUUGCGGCCCACCCCCCUUCCACUGUGUCACAGACGAAAAACUGGAAAGUACCUCUGAUUGGUCACCUCCCACAACCAAUCAGGCUGGUCAUGGGCCAAGUCUUCAUUAGCAUAGGGUUUAACUUUAUAACUUCACUUCAGCCUUUGAUUGGUCACCUCCUGCAACCAAUCAGACUGGUAGCAGGUCCAGUCUUCAUUUACAUAGAGUGUAACCAAGUAACCAAUGGGAAACCUCUAGAGGGUAUUUAAACUCCAGAAAAUUCUGUAACUAACACUCUUGAGCAACUUGCUUGAGCCCACUCCCACUCUGUGGAGCAUACUUUCAAUAAGUCUGUGCUUUCGUUGACUCAUUCUUUUGUUGUUUUGUGCAUUUUGUCCAAUUCUUUGUUCACAAUGCCAAGAACCUGGAUGACUCAUAGUCAAGACCCUCCCCUGGUAACAUAUUUUGAUGAGCCAGCCAGGAGGCAAGCCCAAAGUUUGGGAGUUAUUUUUCUUCUUAUUUUCCCUUUUCCUCUCUGUUGCAUACAGGGGAAGCAUUUUCUAUCUCUCUUUCCAACUCAGGACACUUGACAGAGAGCACCUAAGCACGGAGGCAACUGCAGCUCUCUGGCUGGGGCCACUCUAUGGAGAGACUGAAAGACCACUGUGGGCAACUCUCCAUCCAUUCCAUCUGAUUCCCUGCUUGGCUGCAUCCUCAACCACUGGAAUCAAUUGAACCCUGACAAUCUAAGGAGAAAACAUCUGAUUUUCUACUAUAAUACUGUAUAGCCCCAAUAUCAGCCGGACAGCCAGGAAUAAUUGGUGGUCAUUGGAAGUCUUAAUUACAACACCAUCCUGCAAUUAGACCUGUUUUGCAAAAGGCAGGGUAAAUUGUCAGAAAUCCCACACGUACAGGUCUUCAUAGCCCUAUACCAAAACCCAACAAUCUGCAAAAGUCCUGGAACCUGCCCUGAAAAGGAACGUCUUAAGGCAGAACUAGAUAUUGUAGAUGAUCCCCUUUUACAAAGGCCACCUGUCUCUCAGAGGGAAGUGCAACCACCCCUGUAUAACUCCUUGCCAAGUGCUCCUGAGGCUCAAAUCCAAGAGCAAAAUUCGGGGGUCCAGCUAAGUCCUCCUCACAUUUGGAGAGGAACAAUCUAUUCAACUCCCCCUCCAGCCCUGCUACCCCUUAGGGAAGUAGCAGGAGCUGAGGGGCCAGUCCUAGUGCAGUCCCCCUUUUCUAUAACUGAUAUAAAACAACAUACAAAAAAGCUAGGAAGCUAUUCUGAGAACCCUAGGAAUUUGGAUAUGGGUCCCAAACUUUGACCUUAGCCUUUGAUCUCUCAGGGGAGAUGUUCAAUUCAUUCUAGCAACCUAUUGCAGCCCCUUGGAAAAGAAACAAAUAUUUGAGGCCACCCACCAGGAAGCAGAUGACUUAUUUCCUUGAAACUCUCAGGGCAAUCACUUAGGCCCAGACACAGUCUCCAUUACUGAUCCUAAUUGGGACUAUAACACACCCGAGGGAAUGAACCACCAGGCUAAGUUUCUUGAGGCUCUCCUUGGAGGAAGAGAAAGAGAAUAAGGCAGUAAAUUAUGAUAAGGUAAAGGAGGUUACACUGGGCAAGAAGGAAAAUCCAGCCAUGUUUCAUGGCAGGCUGGAGGAAGCCUUUAAAAAAUAUACUAAUCCAAUCUGCCCCAGACAUUAGAUGUAAGCUCCAAAAGCUACAGAUGGGCCCACAAACUAAUCAAAAUCAGCUUCUUGAUAUUGCUUUCAUGAUGUAUAACAACCAUGAAGGAAGGAAAAGGGGAACAGAGUAAAGAAAAAUGGCAAACAAAAAUUAUGACAGCCAUCACUGCCCAAAGAGCACUCAAAGGAAACCCAAAGGGCCAUAGGACAAUGCCAGUCUGUAGAGCAUACAAGAUUUGUUAGUACUAACAGAUACCUGUAGGGAGCUGAAGGCCUGAGACAUGACCAACUCAGUAUUCCACUGGAGGCUAUAUGAUCAAACAGCAAACUGUUUAUCAUGAAAGCAGGAUGUGGACAAACUCACGACUGUGCCUGCCACCAGGAGGUUUGCUGAGGGCAAUCACUCCCUGGCGCCGUGCUCAUUGCAGUUACCUACUGAGACAUCUAGAGCCUAUUGUUCAAAGAAUGUGGUCUUGCAAGCCUGCUGUGAAUCAAACUGCCUGCUGACAACCACCCCCUCUUCUUUUCGCUAUCUCUUUUGCCUAAUAAAUACAGAGGGGUGUGUAAAGCUCAGGGCCCUUGUUCACUAGAAGCAAGGAGCCCCCUGACCCCUUCUUCCAAAUAUA